CGUACCGGUAAAUGUGGUGUGUUUUUUUCUCAUUUAUUUCUGUAUUUAAAAUACUCUUGAUACAAUUGUAAGGAAAAUAUGUAACUGUUAGUUUUCAUUCAUGUGAAAAAAAUAUAAGUUGUAUGGAAUUACCUAAGCUUUGGAAAAAUUUAAUGUUCUCGUGUAGUGUAUACUUAACCUGAUUUACUCAAUGUAUCAUGUGUCAAUCUUGACAUUUGUAUGCAUUGAUUGUUUAAUUCAAGUCUAAUAUUUAUCCAAUAAAAUAAAAAAAAUGACAGAUUAUAUUUCUGCGGAACUUGCUGCCACAUGUGAUGCUUUAGGUUAUUUUGAUGGGUCAACAUAUCAUUUAGAUUCUCAUGCACUCAAUGUGAUAAAGGAUUUAAUAAAGUAUCUGAAAAGAGAUGAUGACACUCACACAGUACGUCGAUAUCUUGGUCAAACUAAAUUGCUCGAAACUGACCUCAUUCAAAUUUUUAUUCAACAUCAUAAAAAUGGUGAAUUAUGGGAUGUUUUGCUGCGGUUGAUCAUUAAUUUAACAAGCCCAGCAUUGAUGAUCUACAACGAAGAACUACCUACAGAAAAAACCAGCCGUAAUCAUUAUUUACAAUUAGUUAGUUAUUUACAAUGUUACAAAAAAGCUUUUACUGAUGAACGUAUUUGGGCCGUUGUUAGUGAACGUUUAGGUACAAUUUUAAAAAUAGAUAUCUCAGAAAGAGGUGAAGAAAAUGAAUUAAUCAUUGAGAGAAUUCUGACGUUAAUUAGAAAUGCUCUUCAAGUGCCUCCAGAUGACAAUGAAAAACGAGUUGACAAUGAUGCUACUGUUCAUGAUGAAGUCCUUUUUGCUUUAAAUGCAUCUGGAAUUGUAGACUUGCUUCUCUUCAUAGCAAGUAACAGGAGUGAACAGCAGUUCCAUAUGCAAAUAAUUGAGAUUAUAGAAUUGAUGUUACGUGAACAAAAUGCAAGUAAAUUGGCUAGCGUUGGACUGCAAAGAACAGCAGCAGAGAAAGAACGUGAAGAAGCAAAAUUAUUGGCUAUCCGGCGAAAAGAAAUUACAGAAAAGAUGGAAAAAAUGAAAAAAUAUACUGGUUCAAGACAUUCUCGGUUCGGAGGAACUUUUGUGGUACAAAAUAUGAAAGCCAUUGGUGAAAAUCAGUUGAUCUGUCAUAAACCGUUUCAAAAAGUCGAAUCUCUGGACUUUUCGCGAGAUAAAAGUAAAGUGAAAAAACCUAAAAACCGAGUUCUUGUGGAACCGCCAUCGGAAGAGAGAUUAUCAGCUUUGAGUGUACGUUUAUUUCUUAAAGAAUUUUGUGUGGAAUUUCUGAUUGGUGCUUAUAAUCCUGUAAUGAGAUAUACCAAAUCUUGUAUUAUUGGAGAAAGUAAUUCAUAUAAGUCGGAUGCAGUUCAUUAUUUUUGGGCAAUGCGUUUCUUUAUGGAGUUCAACCGUCAUUACAAGUUCCAAGUGAAAUACGUGAGUGAGACUGUUUCGACAGAAAUAUUCUAUCUUAUACAAAGGCAAAUCGAGCAAUAUUAUGAAAUGGUAAUCACAGAUAAAAAGAAGUCUUUAUUUUGGUCUAGACGUCUUCAUGUAGCUUUAAAAGCUUAUCAAGAGCUUCUGUAUACUCUUAGUGCCAUGGAUAAAACAGCAGACAAGGAAGUUCGAGAUUCUAGUAAGAUUAUUAAGAGUAACAUAUUUUAUGUUCCUGAAUAUCGAGAAACGAUACUCUCUCAACUUCUCGGCUACGAUGGACUUAAAAUGUCACGAAUUUACUUGGUGGAUCUACUAACAACAGUGCACAUUUUUCUCAAGAUGUUAGAGCAAUUUUGUGCUCAAGGACGAAACAUUGUUGUUGCAAAGAAGAAAGCUCGGCGACGUAAAAAUGUCAAGAGAAACUUAAAAGGAAAGAUACAACGACCUGUAAAGAGUUUAAACGAGCGUUGGGAUGAAACUAGUCCAGAACUGUCCGCUGUAAUGCAGGAGGGAACAAUACCAACUGUUAUUCCGUUUGAUGCUGCCUCUGAUAUACCAAUUGAUGAUCAAAAAGGAGAUGCCAUGAAGAAGAUUCAAACACUAUUGAGGAGAAAAGAAUUCGAAGAAGCAGUGGGGCUUUUACGAGCUGCAAGAGAGGUGUGGCCAGAGAAUGAUUGUUUUGGUCGAAAAGAUAUACCUGUCGAAGAGGAAUUUCUCGCCCUCCAGGAAAUAUUCUUCACUGAUCUAGGUGUAGUUGAAGAUGAAGCAGAAAAACCAAACGAAGAGAACGUGGAAAGUUUCCUUAACAAUGAGGAUGGUGAGGCUGAAGAUGACGAUGAAGACAAUGAAGAGGAAGAAGCUGAACGAGAAGUGCAGUUGGAGGAAACCAAUUUUGUAUUUAUUGAUUUUGUUCGAAGAUUUGCUAAUAUAAAAGUGGUAAAAGCAAUGACAACUUUGCUACAGAAUUUUAACGACAAUUCAGUAGAACUUAAUCAUUAUAUCUUAAAACUGUUGCAUCGGAUCGCAUAUGACUGCAAAAUGUCAGCAAUGAUGUUUCAAGCAUCGCUAUUUCGAGUUUUUCAGAAAAUUCUUGAUUCAAAACAUGCUGAACACAAGGAGCUGCAAAAGUUUGCCAUCUUCAUAAUUCGCCAGUUCACGGAAGUAGCUAAAAAAAACCGGAAAGCGUACAUGGAGCUGCUCUUCUGGAAGAAUACACGCGAGGCUACAGAGAUGGUAGAAGGCUAUGAUGCACCAGAUGAAAAGAAAAAAGUUUCCAGUGCCGUCUGGAGUGAAGCUGAAGAAGAUGAGCUUCGUACGUUGUUCAUGGAACAUCAAACAAACAAGUAUCCUCAAGACUUGAUUGAUUGGCUUUUGGAGAAUAUUAUAAGUGAAGAUCGAACACGACGUAGUAUCAUUAAAAAACUCAAGGAGAUGCAUCUGAUCGUAAACUCCAAGGCAAUCAGGAGUGAAGUGCAAAAACGUCUUCCAAAAGAAUGGGGAGAGGAAGAAAUUGCUCAAUUAAAUGAAAUGUGGGAAAACGUGAAAGAUGAUGAUGAUCCAGUUGAUCUCAUUUAUGGAGGAUUGAGAAUAAAGCGACCAAAGCCGAAAAUAAAGGAAAAGCUUUUGGAAUUAGGGCUGGCGAAAGAUAGAAAAGAAUUACGAAAAAAACGUAAAAGUAGGCGUGAUAACUCGAAAGCAAAGAAUAACCGAUCAGAGGAUUCAGAUGAAGAAGCUGCAUCAUUGGAAAAGUCUCACGAAAUUGAUAGUGAUGAAGAUGAUGCUGAUGAUGAAAGGGAUUCAGCACAUUCAGAUCUAAAAACACUAUUAUUUAAAAAAUAUUAUGGUACUGAUAGUGAUGAAGAUGAUGAAAGAGUUACAAAAGAUUUAAAAGUAGAGACAUCAUUAUCAAAUAAUCAUCAUGUAAUUAAUAAUGAUGAAAGGAUUUCAAAAAAUUCAAGCGUAGAAACAUCAUUGUCGAAAAAUCAUCGUCUAAUUGAUAACGAUAAAGAUGAUGAUGAUGAAGAUAAUAAUAAAAAUAAUGAUAAAGAUAAUUACGAUGAUGAAAGAAAUUCAGACAUAGAUACACCAUCAUUGAAAAAGCGCCGUAUAAUUGAUAGUGAUGAAGACAAUGAUGAAAAUAAUGAUGAAAAGGUUUUGAAAAAUUCAGUCGUAGAAACACCAUCGUUUAAAAAGCGCCGUGUAAUUGAUAGUGAUGAAGAUGAUGAUGAUCAAACGGUUUCAGGAGUAUCUGAGUCUAAACAAAUCCGUAAAAUAUCGAGUGACGAGGAGGAUUAAUUAGUAUAUAUGUGCAUUCAAUGAUUGAAUGCUUUUUUCCAUUUUACUGAUUCAACUUUCACUUUUCUACUUUUCAAUAUAUUAUUUUGACACCAUAUGAAAAAAGGUAGAUGUCAAUGAACAGUAUUCGUUUUUACUAGUAAAUAAAAACAAAAAAGUAAACUAGAUUAUAAAAUCAUUGAGGUAUUACAUUCUUUAUUGCUUUAUUAUCUGGCUGAACAUUAAUCAAAAAAUCUCUAACAUUGAAGUAAAUUGAAUUUUAUUGAAUAUUAUUUUCGCUUAUGUCCACAGCCCACAUCAAUAAAUUUAAUUAAGAGUAAAUAAUGCAUUAGAGUAUUCGACUAGAAUAUACUGUCUGAUGCUCAUUUUUGUUACUACUUAUUAUUAGGAAAAAUACAGAAUACUGUUUUUGCGAAAAUUAUCUUAUAAACAACCGUCAAGCGUAAAUUGAUCAAUAAUUACUGUCUGUUCAUGUAGAAAAAUAAUAGCUUUUAGAUAAAUGCAUUUUAUUACUCAUCUCAAAGUUAUACUAAAAGUCUCCGAAAGUAAUUUAUAUGUUAGUCAUAUAAUGGAUUGAUAACAUCUUAUUAUUCUUUAAUGGAAUUACGAUUAACCUGGGAAUCACUCAGAUUUUUCUUGAGAUUUUAGAUGAUUCAUUUAUUGAGUUACCUUUUAAAAUGACCUAUAAAAGUAAUUAAGUCAUAUUUAGCAAAGAAUAGCUGUUCAUU